AUGUCUCAAUUGAAUGGUCAUGGAUUCAGGGUGGCAAUGAUCGGCGACGGCUUGAACGAUUUCCCUGCCCUAGCCAUGGCUGAUGAAGGAACUGGACUGUCGCUACAUGGUCCGCAGAGCACAGGCGCCGUGGUGGAUAUGAGCAUUCUGUCUGGACAGCUCAAUAGACUCAUUAUCCUGUUCGAUAUCACCGAUCGGACGGUGCGACAUGUCCGGUUGAUUGUUGGUUUGAUUGGGCUGAACCGUAGCCCACUUCUCCUGACCUUUCCCUUUUGUUGCACCUCACCUGCUCGAGCUUAUUUCGGGAUGAAGAGCGCCAUUGUAUCUGCGUGUAUUCUGGCCUUCCUUUCCGCCAACCUCGCGGGAGCCGCUCCUCCGUCAGGUGGCCAGUCGGUCCAAGGGAGUCCGUCAGCUCAAGGAGGAUUACAGCCCCAAGCAGUCAAGCCCCUAGAACCACCGGUAGAAGGGGUGGGACCACCACAAAAGCUUGAAGACUAUCAACAAUUCACCAAGAAGAAAAAGCAGUAUCCAGGUGACAUCCUCCGAGACAUUCAUGUGUCGCUUCGGACCGAAAUCCCAACACAGGACCAAAUAAUUGGGAUGUCGUAUGCCGGCCUGCCACUAGGUGCCGAUACCAGGGAGAUGACUGCUACAUCAUUAUUACCACCGAAACUGACAAAACCAAACCUCUUUCCGGACGUCUGGCUGCGGAGGCAAUAUGCUUUGGAACUGGCUCUCAACCAGGAAGUCUAA